AUGGCGGUCUCGACGGUCAGCGGCGACACGACGACGGUAUACACGAGGCGGCGGAGGGUGCCUCACGUCCACACGUACAAGUGGCCGUGGAUCCCCUUCAACAUCUGGAUGUUCCUCAUGCUCCUUUGCUCGUGCUCGAUCGUCGGCAUAUUUUCCAUGUUUAUCAACAUUCAAUACCAGCUUUUACUGCCCGUCCCAUGGUACUUCCCCUACUACAUAACAGUCGGUUCCUUCACGGUGCUCUACGUUGCCACUCUCGUGUGGUUACUGUCCCAGCACCGGCUGCUCCCCGCCAUCGUCAUGAUAGGCGCAUUCCUCGUCUUCGUCCUCUGGUUUGUCGGGCUUAUCGUCGUGUCGAUCGAGUUGUGGGGUCCCAAGGGUUCCGUCAAUAGCAAGUGCAACCUGCGGGUGUUUAACAGGCACCCGAAGGGCGAUACGCUGGAGACCCUUGCGUGGCUCCAGGAAAGGAGUAUAUGUCAAUCGUGGCAUGCCGUCUUUUCGUUUGCACUGGUCGGCAUGCUCUGUCUGAUUUGGAUCAUGGUGAUGGCCUACGAGGUGUUUGUGGAGUCGUUAUAG